AUGUCCUACCUGUCCAUCGUCCAGUACUCUGGAUUCAUCGGAGCCCAGUUGUUCAACUCGAUUCUCAUCUACUUGAUUGUGACAAAAGCCCGAAAACUGUUCGGAAUGUAUCGGUUUGUGAUGCUCGGCUUCGCAGCGUUCUUCCUCUUCUACGCGUGGAUCGAGGUGCUCACCCAGCCGGUUAUCCACAUCAAAAGCCCAGUUUGCAUCGUUUUCAUGGAUAGUCCGUUGAAAUAUCACAAGUGGAUCGGAUAUAAUCUCACAUGUUAGUCGUUUGAAACGUUCCUUCAUUUCGUUCCCAAAAGGAACUCAAACUAAAUCUAUGUAGCUCACCCAGAAUGGUGGAUAAUACACCGUUCAUUCAAGACAGCAUAUCUCAGCUAUCUGUAGAGAUACCAAAAAAAUGUAAACUGAUAAAAUGUACAAAAUAUGUUAAGGAGCAUUUUGUCAGUUGACUACUUUCAAAUAUCUCCACCCACCGCUGAGAUAUAGUUAAUUUAUUUCAGGUUUGUACUGUGGCUCAUUUGCUCUCGUCAUCUCCCUGCUCGCCGCCCAGUUCUUCUACCGAUUUAUGGCGGUUUGCAGGUCAGUUUCUCCUUAUUUCCAACACGUAAUUCCCCGAAUUCCAGACCCGCAAUGCUGUCGCACGGAGAACGCCGCACUCUUCUCUUAAUCUUCCUCCCCUGUCUUUUCUGUUUUGUCGCUUGGCUCGAAUUUGUGUACUGGGGAAUGACGAACACUGUCGAGAAGCAGUUGUACAUGAAGUACUUGUGUUUUCUCUUUUUCUCGAUCUCUUUCUUAUUAUUCGCAUCCGAGAUUCAUUUAAGGAAUGAGCUACAAAACGUGUACAACGAAGAUUCGCAGCGGGUCGCCUUCAUCGCUGUUAUGUACUGGUCAGUGGGCGAGCACGGCGAGAAGGUGUGGAAGAAGUACGAUAUCGCUUUGCUGCUGGCUUGCGUCGCUACUAUUGUGAGACAAAACUAUCUAGCAUCGCCCUAAAUGCAAACUUCAGACCGGUUGCUUCGUGACAAUCCUCUACUGCGCCACCAAAAUCUAUCUGAAAAUGAAGGACACGAGUUAUCACAUGAGCGAGCGGACGAUGGAGCUCAAUCGCCAGCUCUUCAUCACUCUCACCCUCCAAACUAUUCUCCCGCUUCUCAUGAUGUACAUUCCGGUCGGACUGACCACUGCUCUUCCGAUCUUCGAGGUCCAAAACGGGCGGCUCGCCAACAUCACCGCCGCCAGUCUGGCCAUUUAUCCGUCAAUCGAGCCGCUGAUUCCGAUGAUUUGCAUCAAGGAGUUUAAGAAUGUUUUGUUGGGUAAACAUUGAAUGGGGGUUUGAUUGUGAUGAGUAGAAUUGUAACUUUUCAGGUCGUCACCGAAAACGAGUCGUUUCACAAGCGGCAUUCUCAAUAGCGCCAGUGUCUGGAGUGAAUCCGUCAAGCAUUAGUGCUAUUUUAUAACGACUUUUUGUUUGGUACAUGUUUUCUAGGCAUUUCUCUCAGCUCCCAUUGAAACUUUGACCUUUUGGACAUGUGUGAACUUUUUGUGUUCCAUGACUUUUCUAGAGAAACGUAUAUUUUCGCAUCAAAGUCGGCGGCCGAUCACCGUUCGAAAUGGUGCUCCUCAUAUACCCAACUUCCGUUCCUUCACAACCAUAACUUGGGUAAAACGAGGUUAGACAUCAAAUCCAAUCAUUUUUCCGCCCAUUGAAUGAAUCAUUUGACACGCAGACUUCACAAGGCAAACUAUAAAUGUGUUCCGUCGUCAGAGAGGGUGGGGCGAGAGCAAAACAAGCCAACCGGCUGACUCUGACAUUUUAAUGAAGUCGUUCUCCGUUCUAAAGCAAACGUUACGUGUUUCCAGUCAUGCUCUAUUUGCACGUCAUCCAGUACGUUGGCUUUUUGGGCGCACAGCUCACCAACGCCAUCCUCAUCUAUCUGAUUGUGACGAGAGCGAAACGACUUUUCGGCACUUAUCGAUACGUUAUGUUCAGUUUUGCCGUCUACUUUUCCGUGUACGCCUGGAUUGAGAUACUAACUCAACCGGUGGGUACAGUCAUAAAUAUACCGUUCCUUCAAGACAACACAUCUCAGCUGGCGGUGGAGAUAUCAAAAAGUGUUCAACUGAUAAAAUGUACAACAUUUCUCAAUGACCAUUUUAUCAGUUGACAACUUUUUGAUAUCUCUAUUGGCCGCUGAGAUAUAUUGUCUUGAAUUACCAGCGUUCUUCGAUAACCUAAUUUCUCUUCAGAUAAUUCAUAUCAAGAGCCCCGCGUGUGUGGUGUUCAUGGAGAGUUCUUUGAAGUAUUCGGAACAAAUCGGCUACAAUAUCACUUGUGAGUUGGGUUAGAGCGCGAUUGCUCACUCUCAACCCUUAUCCUCUAGGCCUGUACUGUGGCUCAUUUGCCCUCGUGAUCUCCCUGCUCGCCGCUCAGUUCUUCUACCGAUACAUGGCCGUCUGCAAGUGAGCUCCUUGCCUUUUAAAAUCUUCCUCUUUUGCCGCAGAUCCGAUAUUCUCGCCCACAACGAGCACACAAUCCUCUCCGGAAUCUUUCUGCCGUGCGUCGUCUGCUUCAUCGCCUGGUACGAGUUUGUGUACUGGGGAAUGUCGAAUAGCCCGGAGAAACAGGAAUAUCUGAAGUGAGUAUGACUUGCUACAAACACAAAAAAAAGAGGUUUUUGAGAGAUGAACUGAAAAAGUAUUACAAUGAGGACUCGACAAAAGUCGCCUUCAUCGCAGUCAUGUACUGGUCGGUGGGUGAGCACGGCGAGAAGAUUUGGAGAUUCUGGGACCUCAUGCUCCUGGUCGCUUCCGUUGUCACUAUUGUAGGUUUUUGUUUCGGUGACACACAGUUAUCGAUUCAAUUCAGGGAGGAUGCUUCAUCACAAUUCUCUUCUGCGCCUUCAACAUUUACCGGAAAAUGAAAAGCGCCGGGAAUCAGAUGAGUCGAAAGACGAUCGAAUUGAAUCACCAACUCUUCAUCACGCUCACUUUCCAAGUCCUAUUUUGCUGGCUGGUUUCACAUGAAACGUACUGUUUUUUCCAGACUCUUCUUCCAUUUUUCAUGAUGUACAUCCCGGUUUCACUCGAAAUUACGCUUCCGCUCUUCGAAAUCAACACCGGCCAUUUGGCCAACUUCACCGCCGCAAGUCUUGCCGUUUAUCCGUCGCUCGAGCCGCUCAUUGCCAUAUUUUGCAUUAAAGAAUUCAAAAAAACGGUUUUGUGUGAGUUUGGUCAUGAGGAUUUCGACGGUUUCCGGGUCCCUGACAAAACUGACUUUUCUGAAGAAGGGUCCCCCAAUACCGUUCAUUCAAGACAAUAUAUCUCAACUGCUAGUGAAGAUAUCAAAAUGUUGUCAACUAAUAAAUUGUUUAAUGAAACAUUGUGUACAUUUUGUCAGUUUACCAUUUUUUGAAAUCUUUACAAACCGCUGAGAUAGAUCGUCCUGAAUGAACGGUUAGUGCUUUAAGGACCCGAGAUUUAUCAUGCAACUUUGCUAAUCGAUAUAUUUUUCAUAUUCAGGCGGUCGAACAAAGAAGGUAUCGUUCGCGACGACAUCACCCUACUCCGGCCAAUGGUCGACGAACUUUCGUGGCAUUCAAUGAUGUAGAAGUACCUGGAAUACCAUCUCAACAAGGCGUCAUCUGGUUCUGAGUAGCCAAACCCUAAUCUCUUCGUUCGCUUCUCAUUCAUUGUCGUUUUGUCUUCCCAUUAUUGUGCGUUCCCAAUUCUUAGCAAUGCUUAUACAUUUAUAUAUAUAUAUAAAAAGGUGUUCAUGAUGAGCAAAAUAUCAAAAGUAUGGCGGUGUCCCCCUACAUCCGUUCCUGCCAAUACAUUAGUUUUAUUGUGGCUCUAGUUGCCAACACUCUCCUGCUGUACCUUCUGAAAACGAGAUCAGGCUGUUCGUUUGGGAGAUAUCGGGUCAUGAUGGUUUCAUUCUCAGUGUAUGCCAUUUUUUAUGCGACCGUCGAGAUGCUCACUUUACCGGCGAGUUCCGUUUUUGGGCUCUAUUGGCAAGUGGCACAACGCUGGCUUCCAGGUACUUCAUAUUCACGGCGCCGGAAUCCUCUUCUACGUCGAUAGCAUUCUGAAGUAUCACAUCUCUGCAGGAGUCUUCAUUGCAAGUACUCUGCUUUUGUUCGACCUCUACCUUAAGCGCCAUAAGUUUCAGCAAUCUGUUGCGGAUCGUUCGCUCUUUGCCUCUCCAUGCUCGCCACUCAUUUUGUCUACAGAUAUGUCGCUGUUUGCAAGUGAAUUUCAUACUUCAAAUCCAAAUUCAAUUCCUUUUUCAGACCCCAAAAGAUGUACUACUUUGAAGGCAACAACGUGUACUUUUGGUUUCUACCUCCUCUCAGUCUUUUCACAAUUUGGGUCAUCUCCUUUCACUUCAACUUUGGUCCCAAUGCAUUUAAGAGGGAUUACUUUCGAAAUCUGACUAUGGAAGUGUAUGAUGAGGACAUCGACACGAUUGCUUUCAUAGCCCCUCUGUACUUUGUAAGUGUAACUGUGAGUACCUUUCCAUUUCUCCAUCCUUCAGACUCGUCUUCCCGAUGGCACACGUCUCGUUCGAUACGGAGACGUGUUCGGUGGAUUCAUAAGUGGAAGCAUAAUGGUUGGUUGACAAUAGCUAAACCGGAAAACCAUCCGACUCGCUCGCAGACUCUCUGCUUCACCACUUGCCUCGUAUGCGCCUUUAAAACCUACCGAAAGCUCAGCGACAUCUCGAUUCAAAUGAGUGAACGCACUCGUGCCCUCAACAAGCAACUCUUCCGGACUCUGGGCCUCCAGACACUUCUUCCCUGCUGUACCCAGUACAUUCCCAUUGGUCUCGUCUUCAUUCUGCCCAUUUUUGAGGUGGAAGUGGGUAAAAUUGGAAAUGUGUUAGGGAUGACAUGCUGUUUGUACUCUGCAAUGAACCCCAUCAUCGCCAUCGUCAUGAUCGAUCGAUUCCGCACUUUCGUACUUGGAAAAGAGAGCGCGUCGGUAACAAAGAGCUCGCAGAUCUCUUAUAUUCAGUAG